AUGGACAUCCUCUCGCGCGCUGCGAGCCGUGCUGCCAGCGCAGGCCCGUCCAUCGCGCUGGGAUCGGCCCUGUCCCUGGCCGCAGCCGCCUAUCUCAAUGCCCGAUUGUGCAUCUCCAGCGACUUGCGGACUCUGCGAGAUGAGCGCUUCUUUGGCCGGAAACUUCGCCAGCGCCUCGCCGAGCUGGACGACACGUGCACGCUGUACCGCAUGCUGGAGCGCGUGAUUGAGGUGGACGGCAAGGGUGAUGCAGAUGCACUGUGGUUUGAGAACAGGACGUGGACAUAUGCGCAAUUGAAGGACGUCGUCGACCGCCUUGCUGCCCUCCUCCACCAGCGAGGCAUCCGAACUGGCGAUUUCGUCGCCGUCUUCACCACCAACUCCCCCGAGAUGGUCGUCUGCAUCUACGCCCUGGCCAAGCUGGGCGCCGUGGCAGCGCUCAUAAACACCAAUCUGCGAGACGACACCUUCAAACACUGUCUCACCGUGUCCACCGCCAAACUCAUAAUCUCCACUCCCGAUCUGGCGGAAUUCGUCCGCUCAGAUCUGCCUCAUCUGACCUUCAACCUGUCCUCCUUCAACGACUUGCCCCAAUCACCUUCCAUAGAACUCAUCAACGAGGACAGCCUCCGCCAGGUCUCGCCCUCCACCGUCUCCCCAGCCAAGCGGAGCCCGCCUGACCUGGCCGUCCUGAUCUACACGUCCGGGACAACGGGCAACCCCAAGGCGUGCGCGAUCCGCAACAUGCAGCUGGUCGUGACGUCGACGCCCGUGCGGCAGGACGCCGAGAACCCAUCGCGGUAUUUCCCGCUGCGCAUCUACUCUGCGCUGCCGCUGUUCCACGGCACGGCGCUCUUCGGCGGGCUGUGCUACAGCGUCGGCACGGGGGCGACGCUCUGCCUGCGACGCAAGUUCUCCGCCUCGCGCUUCUGGCAGGACGUGCACGCCUCGCGCGCCACCCGCGUGCUCUACAUCGGCGAGCUGUGCCGGUACCUGCUGGCGACACCGCCGUCGCCGUACGACCGGGGGCACGCCUGCAUCGUGGCCUACGGCAACGGCCUGCGCGGCGAGAUCUGGGACCGCUUCCGCGAGCGGUUCGGCGUGCCCGAGAUCCGCGAGAUCUACCGAUCGACCGAGGGCGUGGCGCGGUAUGACAACUUCUUCAGCGGCGCCUGGGGCACGGGGUGCGUCGGGUUCGUGGGCCCGUUGCGCCAGCUGGUCGAGGACGACACGUUCAUCGUGAAGUACGACCCAGACAAGGAGAUGCCCUACCGGGACCCGAAGACAGGGUUCUGCGUGAAAGCGCGCGCAGGCGAGGAAGGCGAGGUAAUCGGCCGCGUCCGCAACCGGGACAUGCUGACAGAAUACCUCAACAACCCCGACGCAACAGAGAAGAAGCUCCUGCGCGACGUCUUCCAGAAGGGCGACCUCUUCCAGCGCAUGGGCGACCUGCUGGUUCGCGACAAAGACGGCUGGGUACGCUUCCAGGACCGCGUCGGCGACACCUUUCGCUGGAAGGGCGAGAAUGUCAGCGCGGGCGAGGUCCGCGAUCACAUCUGUCGGAUUCCGAACGUGCAGGAUGCGGUGGUGUAUGGUGUGAAAUUAAAGGGCUACGACGGCCAAGCCGGCGCAGCAGGCAUCACGCUCGAGCGCUGGACACCCGACACCGAAACAGAAUUCAUGAGCAAGCUCUACUCAGCACUGAAAGCGAAAGGCGUACCGUCCUAUGCGCUUCCUAGGCUGGUGCGCAUCACCAAGCGCGUUGCCACCGGCGUCACCUUCAAACAGGCAAAGAAUGAGCUCGCCAAGAGAGGCUGGGAUCCGGCUGUUGAUUGGGAUGGUGACUCGCUGUAUUGGCUGAAUGGGACCAGAUAUGAGAGGCUUAGUCCUGAGAGUUGGAGGGGGAUUGAGACUUGGAAUCUCCUUCAACGUACACGCCUUGCCAUCACACCCCGCAUACGACACCGUAUUCCCCCACCAGUUGAGCUGCACCUGAUGAUACUCCACCGCAAAGAAGAUGACGAUCGCCGCGAUCGCGAUCCCCGCCAUGAACGACGACGUCAGCACGUACGCGUAUUUCUGCCACCACCGCGUGUACCGGUGCUUGAUGUAGUAGUUGAACGCGAAUCCCACCAGCACUGUCGGCCACACGUACGAUAUGUUGUACGGGCAGUAGUACAGCACGCCGUUCAGCAACAGCGGGACGUGGAUGUAUCGCACCCACGAGCCCGGGAACCGCUUGGUGAGGAGGUAAAAUGGAAUCGGGAGGAGGGCACCCACCAGAAACCCCCAUUCGAGAGGGUGGUAGAUGCCGGUGUCGCCGUAUAUCCUCCUUGGUCCGAUGGCGCCCCAGAUCACCGACGCGGUGAAGAAUUCGGGAUACCUACUCGGGCAGGUGAAAUUGGACGCCUGAUCCGCCGUGCAGACAUUUUCGAUAUUCGACAUUUGCCACGCAUUCACCCCAACAGACACCAAAGCGCCCACGAUGGUGGAGACCGUCUGGGCCCAAAACAACGUGCGCGGCGGAAUCUUCAUAUAGUGGCCCAGUUUCAGAUCCGCCACAAACUGAAUCGACUGCGCGCAUGCGAUGUAUCCGUACGACUUGAAGAUCAUGUUGGCCACGGGCUUGUUCGGGAUCGCAUACCCGCCGAUGAACUCGGCCAGGACGUUAUUGGUGAUUUGGGUGUUCGUAAUGGCGAGGAUCAUGCCGAUGGGGAUCUGCAGCACCAGACAGAUCAACACCCCGAUGACGAUGCCCCAGAUCGGCAUGCCGGUGUCGUAGACACUGACGGCGACGCAUCCAAGAAUGAACGAAAUCCCCAGGACGGCGAGAUACCACCAUUCCGGGACCUCAUUGUAGGCCUUCAUGAGUCGGUUGUGGACAUCGUUGUAUUCGUCCCGCGCGCUUCGCCAUCGCAAUGCUGCCCUCACGCCGUUGAUGAUCUCCCUUCGAUGAUAGAGGACCGCAUGCACCACCGUCGCCAGGUAGACGGCAAAAAAAGCGGCAUACAAGACGGCAUACGCGGCGGACAGGUAGGCCGGGCUGUACGCUUCGUACGCCUCGACAUUCAACGUGAAAUCGGAGUUGAGGAUCCGGCUGACAUUAUAGUUAUUUCCGGUAUUGUCAAACACAUCAUAGCUGUUGAUGGGGAAGUACGCCGUAUUCCACACGUUGGCAAAGUACACGGGUACAAUGACGCAGAAGCCCACGAGGAGCAUGCCGAAAAAGUUGUUCACGAGAGCAAAGAACGGGGUGAUGAUGGGAUCGAAGCAGCCCAUGCCGGCGAUGCUGCCGGUGAUGAUGGCGAGCUUGACGUUGGUCGGCGAGAUCCAGGUGAUCCAGUUGAAGUACGCCAGGGCCUGGAAGAUAUAGUCCGGGAACCAGAAGUAGAUGAACAUGCCGACGAAGCAGUAGAAGAAGAAGCGGAAGCGGGAAAUGGUCCACCCGUGGACCCGGUCAAAGCGAUUGUCGUUGUGCAGCGCUUUGUUGAGAGCAAUGCUGGCCAGGUUCUUGGGCCAGAUCAUCGCCGGGGGAUACACCAGAAACCGGCGUACGAUUCCGGCGCAGCCAUAACCGAUGAGCUGGGUCGAAAUGGCGAGCAGGAUCUGGAAGCCGGCGCUAUCGGCCAGCCUCUUGAUGCCGUAGAACAUGUCGAGUUUGAGCGACUGGAAGAUGUAGGUCACAUACGCGGUCCCGUUGAGGCCGCCAUAGGAGACGUUGGACAUGAUGGUGAUGAGCAUGUGCUCUUUCUGGUUGAACGGGCCUGGAUUCAGGCUGAAUCGGUGUCCGAAGAUGGACACGCUCUUGGUUGGGAGUGCCCACUCCAGGAAUUUCCCGCAUGGAUAGGAGAGCAGCUGGGCGACGACGGAAUAGAUCACGAUGCCCGGUUGCCGCAGCGAGAAGAACUGAUCCAGGCCCGUGCCGAUGAUGGCGAACAGGAUGCCCAGGGUCCAUGCCCGGAACGUGUUCACAGGCAGGGACGGGUCGUCGGUGUUGUCGACGACGGCCCUCACUUCGGGAUAGGGCGAGUCGUUCAGCAGCAGCUCGCGUUGCGCCUGGAUCUCAGCGAAGAUGGCCUGCAGGCGGGAUGCAUCGAUGCUCGCUGGAUCCUCGCGCAGGAUGGCGCGUGCUCGAUCGAGAAUGUCGGCGGGGAAGUUGAGAUCAAACUCGUGGUCCUUGACCGCCUGCUGCAGCGUCGCCAGGAGCUCGCCCAGAUCCGACUCGGCGAUGUCGACGACCUUGCGGCCGUUCUUCUCGACGUCGGACGGCGGGCUGUCAAGCACGGUCUCGGGGUGCUUCUCCAUCGCGGGCAUGGCCUCCUGCUUCAGGAGCUGCGAGCGGGGAUGCCAUGCAUUCUUAUGCGACUAACAUGA